AUGGUCUACUAUUUUGCAUUCCUCUGUUUGGCAAUCAUCGCAAACGCAGCAGUGAGCCCCAAGUCAUUGGACUCUGAUAUUUCCAUUCUCAUUCACAAUGAUCUGCUAGAAACCGAAAGUCCUCUAUCAGGUUCGGGGAUUCUGGUGCUCGAUGCGAGAUCAUGGCAAGAAGCCACUGAUAGCUGUCAAAAACUUGGAGAGUCUCUGUGGGGGACUAAUUCUAGUUAUAGAAAUAUCCAAAGUGACUUGGACUACCUUGUAUUCCAAGGUAAAUACACUCGCAACCAACGUUUUUGGACUGCCUCGGACCACCGCAAACCGUCGACCAUCGACACAACUGGUCGGGUCAAUAAAGCCUCUGCGGACGAAAAACUGCCUGUUAUUUGUACACAAAGUGCUCCGCUUUCUAGCAGUACAUUCCAAAAUACAAGUGCUCAGUGGCAGGUGACUGUCCAUUCCAACGAUGAAUAUCUCACUGGAUUCCGGGAUCGAUUCAGUUUCCGCUUUCUGGGAAUUCGAUAUGCUAAACAACCCCGGCGAUGGGACUAUUCUCAAGUAUAUCAAGGGACUGGAAAGAAGGCUUCUGCUCUUGACUAUGGCUCUGACUGCACACAAGGCACAACUGGUUCGGAAGACUGCUUGUUCCUCAAUGUCUGGACUCCAUAUCUCCCCAAGAACACCAAAGUUCAAAAUAGCCGUCUCAAACCUGUCAUGCUUUGGAUCCACGGUGGAGCUUUCACCGGCGGCACCGGCAGUGAUCCGACGUUUGACGGUGGCAAUCUAGCCUCGAGAGGUGAUGUUGUGGUCGUUACGAUAAAUUACCGCCUGGGAACAUUGGGAUUCCUCGCACUAGAUGAUGGCGAAACCAACGGGAACUACGGAUUGGCAGACCAAACCACCGCCCUGGAGUGGGUUCGUCGGAACAUCCAGGAUUUCGGCGGUGAUCCGGAAAGGGUAACUAUCUUUGGCCAAUCGGCUGGUGCAGCCUCAGUACGGGCAUUACUUGCUUCUCCUGCAGCACAAGGUAAAUUCGCUGGUGCGAUUAUGCAGAGUAAUCUUGGUGGCUUGGCUUAUGGCACAACCUACUCGAAAUACUAUACCAUCGCGCAAGAAAUGAACGUUGUGGGGAAUUCUAUUCUCAACGAGACAAACUGCACGGAUGCUGCUUCACCAGUCGAAUGUUUGAGACAACUCCCCGCAUCGACUAUUGCAAAUCUCGCUGAUUCGGCACGGUAUCUGGUUGUUGAUGGUGUCUACCUCCGAAACUCGGAACUGGAUUUAACAAACCCGUCAUCGACCGCCAAUGUGCCUUUAAUGAUCGGUACUAUGAGAGACGAUGGUGCUGCCAUGAUUGGCUAUCCUGAAUUGGGACAAACUCUGAAGUCCUUCCUCAAUGAAUCCGGCUUACCUGACUCAGUUGCACCAAGCCAACUAUUCCCUGUGCCAUCAACCGCCAACGCUACACUCGAUAUCUUCAACACCUCCUCUCGCAUAGCUACAGAUGGAAUGUUCCGCUGCAUCGACGAAGCAACUGCACACACAGGCUCAAGGACACAUAUAUUCCCCGAUAUAUUCUAUUACGAGUUCAACCGUUCAUACCAAAUGCCCGGCUGGUCGCCCAAUGCCCCGGUAUGCAACGCUCCUAUCACAGAUGAGUUCCCGAAUGGUAAUCCCAGAGAAGAGUACUUUAAAUGUCAUUCCGGCGAGUUGUUCUACGUGUUUGGAAGUUUCCGUCGUCAGGGUCUGCCGUUCCGUGAUCAGUUCGAUCUACCUUUUGGGCAGUAUGUGUUGGAUUCUUGGGCGAGUUUUGCGAGGGCGGCCAAACCUACCCCUGACCUGGCCUUUUUGAAGGCAAGAGGAUAUGAUAAUACAACUCGGGAAAUUGAAUUAACUGGGAUAUGGCAGCCGUUUGGCAAAGAAAGUCAGCUUCGGCUGCUUCAGUGGCCCUCAAAGAUGAGGGAUUUGGAUGAUUUGGAACAAUGUCGUGCGUUGAAGUUAUCUUUGGACUACUUCAAAUCUUAG